AUGAAGCACAAUGAUCCAAAUGAAGACACAGAAUGGAAUGAUGUCCUAAGAGAUUUUGGGAUUAUUCCUCCCAAGAUAGAAGAGAAAGAUGAAAUUGAAGAUUUGGUUUUAAAGAUGCAAAAGGAAGCAUCAGUGAAACCCUCUGAAAAAAUGUCCCUAGCUGGAUUAAAGGAAGUUGAGGACGCAUUCCAGGAAGAAAAUGAGAAAGCAAUAGAGUUGUACAGGAAAAAGCGCAUAAAAGAACUGCAAACUCUACAGAAAACACAAAAAUAUGGAGAGCUCAAUGACAUUUCUGGAAACCUGUAUGUAAAGGAAGUCACAAAGGCCAAAGAUGGUGUCUGGGUGGUGCUUCAUCUCUAUAGAUCAUGUAUACCAAUGUGUGAUCUGCUGAACAAUUAUCUCAGAAUACUGGCCAAAAAGUUUCCAGAAACCAAAUUUUUAAAAUCCACGGCUGAUAACUGCAUUCCCAAUUACCUGGACGCUUGUCUACCCACCUUGCUUGUCUACAGGAACGGGCAAAUUAAAGGCAGAUUUAUAGGAACGGAUCAAUGUGGAGGAACCUCAGUGACCCCAGAAGAACUUGAGUGGAAAUUGGCAGAUGUAGGAGCUAUCAUAUCUGACCUGGAAGAAGAUCCUAGAAAAACCUUUAUCGAUUUGAUGAUGUCUUCAGCGAGGCGCAGUUCUAUUCACUGGAAAGAUGAUCCUGACGACUAUAAUAAAGCAGAAAUAAAAUGA